AUGGUGUUUAAACAGCCAGCCUCAGUGCUGAGCCGUCGGUCGUUUCCUUCUUUCGCCUUCACCGUCCACGUGAAACGAACAUAUGGUCAUCGUUCGUUCCACUCGUCAGUAAGAUGCAGAAAUGAUGAAAAGCCUGAUAAACCAGCUGGUAUCCCUUACUCAUCGUUGACGGUUGGCGUGCCGCGCGAGAUAUUCCCCAAUGAGCGUAGGGUAGCUUUGACGCCUCAAAACGUCGCUCUUCUCCGGAAGAAGGGAUUCUCGAAGGUCUUAGUUGAGGAGAAUGCCGGCACGGAGGCUCAGUUUCUGGACGAACAUUAUGUUACUGCUGGCGCAACCCUGGUAUCCAGAGAACAGCUACUGAAGGAGACGGAUAUAUUGCUGAAGGUUCGGCCACCUCUAAGGGGUCAAGAAGACGAACAAGUGAAGGAAGGGAGUACGAUCAUCAGUUUCCUAUACCCAACCCAGAAUAAGUCGAUUGUCGAGGCCUUGGCUUCGCGCAAUGUCAAUGCCUUCGCAAUGGACAUGAUACCACGUAUAUCUAGAGCACAAGUCUUUGAUGCGUUAAGUUCUAUGGCAAAUAUUGCCGGAUAUAAGGCUGUAUUAGAAGCCUCAAACCACUUCGGCAGGUUCCUUACUGGUCAAAUCCCCCCUGGUAAAGUUCUUGUCAUCGGUGCAGGUGUCGCUGGUCUCAGUGCCAUUGCGACGGCGCGCAGGCUUGGGGCUAUUGUUAGAGGUUUUGAUACUCGGUCUGCUGCACGCGAGCAAGUUCAAUCUCUUGGUGCUGAAUUUAUCGAGGUCGCUAUUGAAGAGGAGGGUGGAGGUGGCGGGGGCUACGCAAAGGAAAUGUCCAAGGAAUUCAUCGAGGCAGAAAUGGCACUUUUCAUGGAACAAUGCAAGGAGGUUGAUAUUGUCAUUACCACGGCACUCAUCCCGGGCAAGCCUGCUCCUAAGCUCAUCACGAAUGAAAUGGUCGCUGCAAUGAAGCAAGGCUCUGUCAUAGUGGAUCUUGCCGCCGAGGCUGGCGGUAAUUGUGCCGCUACGCGUCCUGGAGAGCUUUACGUCGAAAAUGGUGUCACCAUAAUAGGAUACACGGACCUUCCCUCUAGACUUCCUACUCAAUCGUCAACACUCUAUUCCAACAACAUUACCAAGUUCCUCCUUUCUAUCGGAGGUGACGGUAAGUUCGGUAUCGAUCUAGAGGAUGAAGUCGUCAGAGGUUCCCUUGUUGUCCAUGGCGGUCGUAUCCUUCCUCCAGUACCGCGCGUUAUGCCUGCACCCGUCACCCCUCCCCCUACUACGGCCAAAAUCGAGGAAGCACAGACUAAGGCCAUUACCCCGUGGCAAAAAGCUGCCCGUGAAGUCGCUACCGUCACCGCCGGAAUGGGGGGCACAGUGGCUUUGGGCAAAUUAACAGGAGCAGCGUUCAUGAGCAACUUCUUUACAUUCGGCCUUGCCGGACUCGUGGGCUACAGAGUUGUCUGGGGUGUAGCACCUGCAUUGCACUCGCCGUUGAUGUCCGUCACCAAUGCGAUUUCCGGUAUGGUUGGAAUCGGUGGUCUCUUUGUUAUGGGUGGAGGUUAUUUCCCUGGGACGGUACCGCAAACCCUCGGCGCCCUUUCCGUCCUGCUUGCUAGCGUCAACGUCGCAGGAGGAUUCGUCAUAACGAAGCGUAUGUUAGACAUGUUCAAGCGGCCGACUGAUCCGCCCGAGUAUUCCUGGCUAUACGGAAUUCCUGCCGUCGUCUUUACUGGCGGAUUCCUAGCAGCUGCGAGUACUGGCAUGGCUGGUCUUGUGCAAGCCGGAUACUUAACCAGUAGUGUGCUUUGCAUAGGAUCUCUCUCUGGUCUCGCCUCUCAGGCGACCGCCCGUCAGGGUAACGCUUUGGGGAUCCUGGGCGUGAGCUCAGGUAUUCUCGCUUCUCUGGCCGCAGUUGGCUUCCCAGCUCCAGUCCUCGCACAAUUUGCCGGUGUCUCUGCGAUCGGAGGUUUGAUAGGGACCAUCCUCGGCCGACGCAUCACUGCUACUGAGCUACCCCAGAUGGUCGCUGCCCUCCACUCGGUUGUUGGUCUUGCUGCGGUGCUCACGAGUAUCGGAAGUGUCCUGGCCGAUACGGCGCAUAUUUCCACUCUCCACCUCGUCACGGCUUACCUGGGUGUCGUCAUUGGUGGUAUCACAUUCACCGGUUCGAUAGUUGCGUUCCUCAAGCUGGCGGGCAAGAUGUCUUCGAGGCCUUUGGCACUCCCAGGCAAACAUCUGGUCAACAGCACCCUCCUAGGUUUGAACGGGUUGACCAUGGCCGGUUUCUUAGCCGCUGCACCAGCAGCGCCGAUGAUUGCAGCUGGCUAUCUGGGAGCAAGUGCUAUUCUCAGUUUUAUCAAAGGCUUCACAACGACCGCUGCUAUCGGCGGCGCAGAUAUGCCCGUGGUCAUCACUGUCCUUAAUGCCUACUCUGGGUUUGCUCUCGUGGCAGAGGGGUUCAUGCUUGACAAUCCGCUACUGACCACCGUGGGCUCUUUGAUUGGUGUCAGCGGUUCAAUUCUGUCAUAUAUCAUGUGUGUCGCCAUGAACCGUUCACUUGUGAACGUUCUCUUCGGCGGUAUCUCCACCCCUGUAUCGGCUGAAGCUCACAAGAUUGAGGGCUCCAUUACUAAAGCCUCCGUCGACGAUACGGUGGAAGCUCUGUUGAAUGCCGACAAUGUGAUCUUGGUGGUCGGGUACGGCAUGGCGGUUGCCAAGGCUCAGUACGCGAUAUCGGAAAUAUGUGCCAUGUUAAGAUCGAAAGGUGUAAACGUUCGGUUUGCUAUCCAUCCCGUCGCGGGCCGCAUGCCCGGCCAAUGUAACGUCUUGCUGGCAGAGGCAUCUGUCCCCUACGAUAUCGUGCUUGAGAUGGAUGAAAUCAACGAUGAUUUCAAAGACACUGAUGUAACAUUGGUCAUCGGCGCCAAUGAUACCGUAAAUCCUAUCGCGCUCGAGCCUGGCUCUGCAAUUGCAGGCAUGCCAGUCCUCCAUGCCUGGAAGAGUAAACAAGUGAUCGUCAUGAAGAGAGGAAUGGCGAGUGGAUAUGCUGAUGUUCCCAACCCCAUGUUCUUCAUGCCUGGAACCAAGAUGUUGUUCGGCGACGCCAAGGAUUCUUGCGACGCCAUCAAACGUGGAUUGGAAAGUAGGGUGAAUACUCCCUAA